AUGAAAAUUGUCAUUCAAAGAGUGAAAUCGGCAUCGGUCACGGUCGAUUCAGAGUUGAUCUCGUCCAUCGGCAAGGGAUUGCUAGUAUUCGCGGGCGUCGGCAAAGAUGAUACCGAGAAGGAAGCGGAGAAUCUGGUGAACAAAGUGUUGAAGGCGAAAUUCUGGCCAGACGAGAACGGCGCACAAUGGAAGAAGAACGUACAGGAUAUCGAAGGAGAAGUGCUCUGUGUCUCCCAAUUCACCCUGUACGGCAAAAUGAAGAAGGGCAACAAGCCUGACUUCCACGACGCGGCCGACCCCAUAACCGCGCGGAAGCUCUACGACCACUUCUACAACAAGAUGCGCGAGAAUUACGUGGCGGAUCGGGUCAAGAACGGCGUGUUCCAAGCCAUGAUGGACGUGGAGCUCAAGAAUGACGGGCCGGUGGGUGUUGACUACCGCAGUGAAGAUGCGGCGGUUACAAUUGAGAUCGAUACCAAUCUCCCUAAAAAAGAACCCAAGGAACCGAAGAAGGAAGGGGGCGACAAGGGCAAAGACAAAGAGAACGGGGACGACUCGGAGACCAGGCACGUCUUCGAGUUUAAGUUGCCCGCGGAACUGUUGGCAUAG